GUUCUAGUACAAAACUGAUCGUAGCAGAAAGUUAUAUACAGUGACGACUCAAACAUUUUCUGUCAAAAUAAAUUUUUUAUUUGUUGUCAGACAGUCAGGUUUAUUUUUGGUCUGGAUGAUCUCUGUGUUUCGCAAUUUAAAUUUUUAAAUUAAAUUUUAUGAAAGCACCUUUCAAGCAAAACGUCUCUAGUUUGUGUUAUUAGUUGGAAGGAAAGUGAUUACGAACGUGUAGAUAAGUAAUUGUGAAUUACAAUGAUCAAUAGAGAUGAGACUGCGACAGAGCCGCCUUCAAAAAUACGUACACUUAUCCGGCAAAAUUCCGAACGAAUUGGCCAAUUUGCCGAAGUUGCGGUUCUACCGAAAUAUCGAAGAAGCACCAGCAGAAGCGUGCAUAGAAUGAACAGUGUACAAAGCACUACUACCCCAGUGAUAGAGGGACUAGUUCCACUAGCAGUUGUUGAAACAGAUUCAAUGGAUGCUGCUAAAAUGAACGCAACAGUUGCUGUUUCAAUGCCCGAUGAAACGCCACAUGAAACAACAAAAAGACAUCAUCCAGUCUUUAUGAUCGCUUUGUCCAUUUUGCAGAUCUACCUGAUGCACUUUUUGAAUACGGAUGGCAUUUCUCCGAUGCUAUUGCUGGGAUACGAUCCCUAUCGUCGGCACCAAAUCUGGCGUUUCAUUUUUAUGAUGUUUGUGCACACACGACUUCCUCAACUGAUCCUGAAUAUUUUACUCCAAUUGAUGCUCGGAGUACUUCUCGAAAUCGUCCAUGGUUGGCUACCCAUUGCCGUGAUAUAUUUUUCCUCCGUGAUCGGUGGAUCGCUGUUCAUCACACUAUUUAGUCCCAAUAGUUACGUUGUAGGUGCUUCAGCUGGCGUUUAUGGACUGCUAUCGUCUCAUUUGUCGUCGAUAAUUUUGGAUUGGAACGAUUGGAAUAAGAAAUGGCUGAGACUGGCAAUGGUUGUGUUUUACAUCUGUCUUAACCUCACUGUAAACUGGCAAUUCACGCCUGACGAUUUUGAUACAAACUAUGCAGGCUAUGUGGGUGGUGCGAUAACUGGAUUUCUGAUCUCAAUAUUGGUGCUGAAAGAUGCCAAAAAGCAACAAUGGAAGAAGAAUUUGCGAUUGGUAUGUGUUGGAAUUCUAGUCAGCAUUGCUGUUGUCGCCCUGCUUGUCAACACAUUUGAGUGGAGGUCGUACCUACCUACCGAAUGGAACAAAAAUUAUAUGGAAACAUACACAGAGUUCACCCUUAAACGUGCAAUCACCAGCCGAGAACCGUCCGCUGCACGCGAGUAUUGUAAACGUAUUACCAAGUGUAAGAUACUGUUGAACCGAUUCGAUGCUGGUGCAUUUAAUUCAACUAUGCCAUCAUUGGACUGAAUACAAUAUCAAUGAGAAUUGUAUCAAUUACGCCGACAGUCGUAAAUUUCGGUUGAUAUUUUUCGAAUUUUUUCUUAAUUUAUUUUUUCUUGUACAAUUUUAAGAUUUUGCCUAUUAUUGCUGGCCUUGCCAAAAAAGAAACAAACUUUAAAGCAUCGACUGACUGUUUUUAUAUGAUGAAAAAUGUUGUUUGUACGAUCUGUUAAUAUGAAU